AUGUCGCAGGGCCAAACGGCGGAAGUUUCAAGUUACGGGGCACAGCUUUUAACUUGGCGCAACGAGGCGCACCAGGCAAGGAAAUCUUUGAUCCUACCGGAUCCACACAAGCAAUCUGUUGCGCAAGUCGCGAACUGGCGCAACGCCUUCCCGGCCUCCGAACUGGACUAUCUUUUCCUCAGCAAAAACGCGGUCUUCCAGCCACGGAGGCCAACACGUGGCGGCGUGCCUAUCUCCUUCUCUCAGGUCAUUCACGCUGGAACCCCUGACCUGUCGUCACUGAAACAUGGAUUUGCACAGCACCGGCAAUCAUCCGUCGUGGAGAAGAGUGACAGUUCCGUCACCCUGGAGUGGUGGCAAGAAAGUGCGGAGAAGUGGGUCUACCCGUUCGACUUAAGGAUGUCCAGUCACAUCGAGCUGCGUGAUGACCACCUGGAGCAGCACUUUUCGGUUGCCCACUUUGAGUUUAGACCCAUUCAGUUCACGGCCGCACUUCACACCUACUUCGCCGUCAGCGACAUCAGCAACGUGAAGGUGGAGGGGCUGCAGGGCCUGACUUACCAUGACGGCACUGAUAAGUGGUGGAGCAAGAAGCGCGAGGAGGCGGUUGAGGUGGUGUUCGCGGGAGAGGUGGACCGCGCCUACAUAAAGGCACCGGACGUGAUCAAGGUCCACGACUCCGGGGCUCCGGGCGGAGGUCGAACCUACGAGGUACACAAACAGGGCUUCCCUGAUGCCGUACUUUGGAACCCCGGUGCGGAGCGUGGGGCCUCCAUCUCCGACCUGGGAGAUCCCGAGUGGCGGCGCAUGGUGUGCUUGGGGCCCGGAGUGGUGGUUCCGGAUGUGAGCUUGGAACCUCGGUCCAAACUGAAUAGUGGACCCACCUGGACCGCGUCGCAGUGCAUCCGCAUACAUCGCGGCGGCGGACAUCAUGGCGACAGCCCCAGGCCCCGUCCCAGUUCCCGCCCUAUUCCCCCCGCUAGCCCCCGGCCUAGCCCUCGCUCCAGCCCUCGGCCUAGCCCUCGGCCUAGCCCUAUUUGA